AGACACCGAGAGUUGAACCGACGCAGUUAGCGAGCAGCCAGCCGGGAUGGAAGCGGGGUCGGUGUAACGGACACCGGAGCCCAACCUUGACCUGAAUAUUGCUGCAAAUCCGCCUUUUGUCGGCCGACGGAGCGGCCGCAGCGAUGGGAAUACUGCGCUGAGGAGACGCUGAAGGCGGCGGGCCGACGAACGGCGGAAAGAUGGGAGUCGUGCUGCGGAGCCUGUUGUUGUGUAGUUUUUGUUUCCUCGUCCGAGGAGAACCUCUGCUGCUGUAUGCGAACCGGCGGGACCUCCGGGUCGUGGACGCUGCACAUGAGAAGUCCAACGCCACGGUGGUGGUGGGCGGCCUGGAGGACGCCGCCGCCGUGGACUACGUCUUCUCUCAGGGCCUCAUCUACUGGAGCGACGUGAGCGAGGAGGCCAUCAAACGGACCUUCUUCAACCAGUCGGGGGGCGGCGCCGUGCAGACGGUGGUGCCGGGCCUGGCCUCCCCGGACGGACUGGCCUGCGACUGGUUGGGCAGCAAACUGUACUGGACGGACUCGGAGACCAACCGGAUUGAGGUGGCCGAGCUGGACGGGUCUCUGAGGAAGGUUCUGUUCUGGCAGGAGCUGGACCAGCCCAGAGCCAUCGCCCUGGACCCAGAGAGAGGGUUCAUGUACUGGACCGACUGGGGUGAGAUCCCGAAGAUCGAGCGGGCCGGGAUGGACGGGACCAAUCGCUCCAUGAUCAUUGAUAAGGAAAUCUACUGGCCCAACGGGCUGACGCUGGACUACAGCCAGCAGAAGCUGUACUGGGCCGACGCCAAACACAACUUCAUCCACCGAGCCAACCUGGACGGAACCUCCAGGGAGGUGGUGGUCAAAGGGGAGCUGCCUCACCCCUUCGCCCUCACGCUGUACGAGGACACGCUGUUCUGGACCGACUGGAACACCCACUCCAUCCACUCCUGCAGGAAGCAGACCGGCGCCGAGCAGCGGGUGGUCCACUCGGACAUCUUCUCCCCGAUGGACAUCCAUGUGUUCAGCACCAAGAGGCAGCCGAGCUUGAGCAGCUCCUGCUCCCAGAUGAACGGAGGAUGUUCCCACCUCUGCCUGCUGUCUCCGGCGGCGCCCUUCUACCAGUGUGCCUGUCCCACCGGAGUCCAGCUGCUGGAGGACGGCAAGACCUGCAGAGACGGUGCGACCCAGAUGCUGCUUCUCGCCCGGCGGACAGACCUGCGGCGAAUCUCUCUGGACACGCCCGACUUCACCGACAUCAUCCUGCAGGUGGACGACAUCCGCCACGCCAUCGCCAUCGACUACGACCCGGUGGAGGGAUACAUCUACUGGACGGACGACGACGUGAAGGCGAUCCGCCGCUCCCUGCUGGACGGCAGCGACGCCCAGUUCGUGGUCACAUCGCAGGUGAACCACCCUGAUGGCAUCGCUGUGGACUGGAUCGCCAGGAACCUAUACUGGACCGACACCGGCACUGACCGCAUCGAGGUGACCCGGCUCAACGGAACCAUGCGAAAGAUCCUGAUCUCUGAGGACCUGGAUGAGCCGAGGGCCAUCGUACUGGACCCCGUGGCCGGGUACAUGUACUGGACCGACUGGGGUGAGGUUCCUAAGAUCGAGCGAGCGGACCUGGACGGGAUGGAGCGGGUGGUGAUGGUGAACACGUCUCUGGGGUGGCCCAACGGACUCGCGCUCGACUACGACGAAAGAAAAAUCUACUGGGGAGACGCCAAGACGGACAAGAUCGAGGUGAUGAACAUGGACGGGUCGGGCCGACGGGUGCUGGUCGAGGACAAGCUUCCUCACAUCUUCGGCUUCACGCUCCUCGGCGACUACAUCUACUGGACGGACUGGCAGCGCCGCAGCAUCGAGCGCGUCCACAAGCGCAGCGCCGAGCGCGAGUUCAUCAUCGACCAGCUGCCCGACCUCAUGGGCCUCAAGGCCACAUACGUGCACAAGACCUUUGGUACCAACCCCUGUGCGGAGAACAACGGCGGCUGCAGCCACCUGUGCCUCUACAAGCCUCAGGGCGUCCAGUGCGGCUGCCCGAUCGGUCUGGAGCUCAUCGCCGACAUGAGGACCUGCAUCGUCCCCGAGGCCUUCCUGCUGUUCUCCCGCCACACCGACAUCCGCCGGAUCUCCCUGGAGACCAACAACAACAACGUGGCGAUCCCGCUGACCGGCGUCAAGGAGGCGUCGGCGCUGGACUUCGACGUCACCGACAACCGCAUCUACUGGACCGACAUCACUCUGAAGACCAUCAGCCGGGCCUUCAUGAACGGCAGCGCCCUGGAGCACGUGGUGGAGUUCGGUCUGGACUAUCCGGAGGGGAUGGCAGUGGACUGGCUGGGGAAGAACCUUUACUGGGCUGACACCGGCACCAACCGCAUUGAGGUGGCCAAACUGGACGGGCAGCACCGGCAGGUUCUGGUGUGGAAGGACCUGGACAGUCCUCGGGCUCUGGCUCUGGAUCCUGCUGAGGGGUACAUGUACUGGACCGAGUGGGGUGGGAAGCCCAAGAUUGACCGAGCAGCGAUGGACGGGACGGGCCGGCUCACGCUGGUGGCCGACGUGGGCCGAGCCAACGGACUGACCAUCGACUACGCAGAGCGGCGGCUGUACUGGACCGACCUGGACACAACGCUGAUCGAGUCCUCUAACAUGCUCGGUAACAGAACCAGAACACGACCCGAUUUCCUGUCUAGCAUGACCGUGGUGUCCAGCUCCCUGUCCGGACCCAACCAGGGCCUGCAGCUCUACGACCUGAGCAUCGACAUCUACAGCCGCUUCAUCUACUGGACCAGCGAGGUGACCAAUGUGAUCAACGUGACCCGGACCGACGGCAGCCGGGUCGGCGUGGUCCUGAGGGGCGAGCACGACAAACCCAGAGCCAUCGUGGUGAAUCCGGAGAGAGGGUACAUGUACUUCACCAACCUGCUGGAGCGCUCGCCCAAGAUCGAGCGGGCGGCGCUGGACGGGACGGAGCGGGAGGUUCUGUUCUUCAGCGGUCUGGGGAAACCUGUGGCUCUGGCCAUCGACAACGAGGUGGGGAAGCUGUUCUGGGUCGACUCGGACCUGCGGCGCAUCGAGAGCAGCGACCUCUCCGGAGCCAACCGGAUCGUGAUCGCCGACUCCAACAUCCUGCAGCCGGUGGGCCUCACGGUGUUCGGGAACCACCUGUACUGGAUCGACAAGCAGCAGCAGAUGAUCGAGCGCAUCGACAAGACCACGAGGGAGGGCCGCACCAAGAUCCAGGCCCGCAUCGCCUACCUGAGCGACAUCCACGCCGUGCAUGAGCUCGACAUGCGGGAGUACAGUAAACACCCCUGCACCUGGGACAACGGAGGCUGCUCCCACAUCUGCAUCGUGAAGGGAGACGGGACGACCCGCUGCUCGUGUCCGGUCCACCUGGUUCUGCUGCCAGAUGAACUGUCCUGUGGAGAGCCGCCCACCUGCUCUCCGGAGCAGUUCUCCUGCACCUCCGGGGAGGUGGACUGCAUCCCUCAGGCCUGGAGGUGUGACGGUUACCCCGAGUGCGACGACAGCAGCGACGAGGAGGACUGCCCCGUCUGCUCCGAGUCCGAGUUCCAGUGCGACAGCCGGCAGUGCAUCGACCUGAACCUGCGCUGCAACGGAGAGAUCAACUGCCAGGACCGGUCCGACGAGAACAAGUGUGAAGUUCGCUGUCCUGCCGACCAGUUCACCUGCACCAACGGCCAGUGCAUCGGCAAGCACAAGAAGUGCGACCACAACAUGGACUGUACCGACAACUCGGACGAGAUCGGCUGCUACCCGACCGAGGAGCCUCCGCCGCCGCCCAACAACACCAUCAGCUCCAUCGUGGGCGUGGUCAUGGCGCUGUUCGUGGUCGGCGCCAUCUACUUCGUGUGCCAGCGCGUCCUCUGUCCUCAGAUGAAGGACGACGGCGAGACGGUGACCAACGACUUCGUGGUCCACGGCCCGUCGUCGGUGCCGCUCGGCUACGUCCCACAUCCUAGCUCGCUGUCCAGCUCGCUGCCAGGUAUGUCCAGAGGGAAGUCUGUGAUUGGCUCUCUGAGCAUCAUGGGCGGCAGCAGCGGGCCUCCGUACGACCGGGCUCACGUCACCGGAGCUUCGUCCAGCAGCUCGUCCAGCACCAAAGGAACCUACUUCCCCCCGAUCCUGAAUCCUCCUCCGUCUCCGGCCACGGUCCGGUCUCAGUACACCAUGGAGUUCGGCUACUCCUCCAACAGCCCGUCGACUCACAGGUCUUACAGCUACCGGCCGUACACCUACCGCCACUUCGCCCCGCCCACCACCCCCUGCAGCACCGACGUGUGCGACAGCGACUACACGCCGGGACGCCGGGCGCCGCUCAAGUCCAGCGCCGCCGCCGCCGCCGCCGCCAAGGGCUACACCAGCGACCUCAACUACGACUCGGAGCCUUUCCCGCCGCCGCCGACACCCCGCAGCCAGUACCUGUCGGCGGAGGAGAACUGUGAGAGCUGCCCGCCGUCGCCUUACACCGAGCGCAGCUACUCCCACCACCUGUACCCGCCGCCGCCGUCACCCUGCACAGACUCCUCGUGAGCCACGCCCCCUCCAAGCUCCGCCCCCUCACUGUAAAUAGCAAUUGUGCAUAUAUGAGGUCAAAAAUGGGAAAGAGAGACUGAAGACGAGGAGGACGAAAAGGGAAGCAGAGCCGGAGCUGCAGAACAUUUGUACAUUGAAAAGAGAAACAUAUUUAUAUAUUUUCUAUACAGUGUUUACUGAUGACGCCAUAGAGGUUUGUAUUAAGAAAUUUGUACAUUUUUUAAGAAAAGGUUUUAUUAAAAUCAUCACAAAUAUAAGUUGCCUUAAAGCAGGAGGAAGAGGCUGAAGGACAAGAAGCACACCAAUCAGUGGGACGUUUAACUUAUCUGAUGCCAAAUAUGACAAACGUCGCAGCAGGAGGCUCCGCCCACAGCUGCACGCCGGCGGCCAUCUUGUCUGUAGUUACCAUGUAAACUGGAUCAGGUGGUUCUGGGGCUUUGAUUUGAAUUUACCUCCUUCGUUCACCCGACGGUUCGCAGGACGCCGCCCGACAGGAAGUGAGUCAGAACACCUCGACUCGCUCUGCGCCGAAGCAAUAAGGCACAUAUUGAUCCGCCGAUCGAUUGAUUGAUCGAUCGAUCGGAGCAGGAGCUGAUCUGAGGAGGUUCCACGAGCUGUGGUCCGCUAGAUGGAAGUGUACGGAGGCCAGAGAGGACGCGAGCUGAACGCCGCCGUGUUCAUGGAGCUCAACAAAGUCUGAGACGAUCGACACAAACAACAACAAACUACACCAGAGAGAUGCUAACUCAGCUGCACUACAGAGUCUAUGUUACGCUACACGCUACACACUACAUGCUACACGCUACAUGCUACACGCUACAUGCUACAGAUGGUACACUAAGUUACUGACGACACACUACAGUCACUCUGCUAACGACACUCGGCGACUUGUCACUACAAACCUUCUGACUCCAGGUGCUUCUGCUGGUGUCCCUCCCGGGCCUCCGUACCGACACUGAAACACUAGAACUCUUCCUGUCAGAGCCGAGUCGGUCCGUCUGACUCACGUCCUCGGAGGUCGACGCCGAUGUUCAGACGGACUGAAACCAAAUCGUUCGCUUUGUUCGACAUGUUGUGUUCUCAUUGAAACUGACUGAAGCUGCGUCCUUCGGUUCUCGUCCUGUUUUUGUGUUUGGAUCCGUGCGGUGGCGCCGAGGAGGCGGCGGCGGCGGCGUUCCACCAGAACACGAUCUUGUGCCUGACCAGUUACUCAGCUUCAUAUCCUUUUUUAUUUUUGUGUUACUUUGAGGAAACAACACAGAGGAAUCAGUGCCCACUAAAUGCUCUAUAGUAUUUUUGUACCACAUAUUGUGUAGAUACGUAUUUAUAAGCUAUAUAGAAAUCAUUGUAAAUCUAUCCAUUGAAUUCUUGCAGUACUUUUCAUUCCGUCUUUUUUUAUAUUGCCUCAUUAUAUUUUUCUACAGAAUAUCACUCAAACGUACGGCGACAAUCUCAGAUCAGUCCAAUCGUAGAACAUAUCCAGGUUAACGUCUCUUCUGGGAAUCGGAUGUUUGAAGGACUUUGGUGCCAAAUGAAUCUUUUUUUAAACGGCGUGGAGGCAGAUGUCGGGACCAGAGUCUGUUCGUCCGUCGGUCUCUUCGUGUCUUUGUGCUUCUCGUGACGACCAGAAAUCUAUUUUUGAAGCGUUUCCUCGUCAGAUGUUGGGUUUGCUGUUCGGCUGCUGAAGGUUCGAGAGAAAAUUAACACCAGCAUGAAUCUGAAGACAAUCUGAAGCUUCAACCGCUGAGUCGAGUCUGUCUGAGUUAAAACAUCCGUGUCGUGUUUCUGACUCAUUUUAACAUUAAAGCUCAAAAGUCUUUUUCGUAUUUAUGUGUAAUCACGUCCAGGACUCCAGUGAGAUCGCCACCAGCGCUGCAGUUCUUCUCAUUCUAACUCAAUCCGUUUUAACAGGAAGUCAGUCUAGAAUCGGAGGCUUUGUUCGAUUCUCGCUUGACGUUUUCUGAGUUUAGGUACGGAAACCAAAGCCUGCCCGUAUUUUACACUCUUUAAAUCUGAAAAUGUUUCUCUGCGAAGCCAAAAGAGAUGAAAUUAAUUCUGAGAUGUGACGGUUAAAUGUCACCCUGUGAGUUGAUUCUCAACUGUUACGUGAUUCUGAAAACGUCCCUUUAAGACCCAUCGGUUGCGUUUCACUUGUUUUCCGUAAAUUAAUAUUCCUGCAUUGAAGGAAUCUCGAGAAACGAUUGUUCAGGUUUCAUCAGCAGAGUUCUGAAGAUGUUUCUGGUGUCAGGUGCACACAGGUGAUUGGUUUGGGCACAAGUUAGCACAGAAAGCUAACGUCGUUAUUUUGGAAGCAGAAUUUAAUAACUUGGUGCACAAAUGACACGUUUGGUUGUUUUGUUUUCCCUGUAGGAUAUUUUGUCACGUGUUUGUACAAAUCAUUAGCUUGUUUACCACAGGUAUAGAAUUUGGACUUUCUGAGCCGCCGCAGUUUUUGGUUUUGGACAAAUAAUCUCAUGGUUCUGACUCGUUAACGUCCAAAACCUCCGCAUCCUGUACAGAGGACCAGAAAGACUGUUUUAUGUCUGUUGAACACAAACUAAGAUUUGUAGUUAAAUUCAGAGCUCUCUAUUUUGAGGCCUUCAGUUUGUGCAUCCAUCACAGCGUCUCGUCGACCCGAACACAAACCACCAAAAACCAGCGAAGAAGCCAAAGUCCAGCUGAACCUGGACGUGUUUUUUGGCUCCCCGCUGCCUCCGUACGGCUCCCAGGUGUGCACACCUGAGGGCUACCUGUGGUACAAUCACUCGCUGCACCUCCAGGUGUGUCUGCAGAGUCGCAGUGACCUUUGUGGGACAAGUUCUCGUUUCCUGACUGCACUUUACGGGACUUUCUGAGCAGAUUUCGGUACAAAACGUCGCCGCCGAGCGAAACUGUGUGAAGUUGGACGUUUGAGCGUUUAGAAGAAAAGAUGGCUGAAGCAGAAUUCUAGAGUCUGGCUGGUGUCGGGAACCUUUUGGGUAAAUAAUUUCCUCUAUUUGUCGAGAACUCUGAGUUCUGUAUCCUGAAGUGUCCGUUUGAAUAAUCUGUAAAUCCUCUGAGUUUGUUUCAGCUGAAAAACUCAACAAGUCGGUUGUUUUUUUUGUUUUUUUUUGUGAAACUGUUUUUGUGUAAAAAUCUCGGAUGUCGAACUCAAACAAAAUGUGUUUCAGGCAAGAAUCAAACUAUUAAAUGUAAAAAAACUGGAAUUAAAAGGUGCAGGUGAAUCAUUCAGUGAUGAGAUUUACUGAUGUGAAGAAGUUUUACUACAAAACUCAAACUAAAGAAGCCAAAUUUGUCUAAAACACGAGUGCUGUCCUGAUCGAACCUUGUUUUUAAAAUUAAUUGUAAUUUUUUGUGCAUUUUGUGUUUUUAUUUGUUACCACAGAGACGUUGUGGGUCCGUCGGCCCUGACGUGUACGUGUGGAUUUAAAUCAGGAAAAGAACAAAAAGGGUUCAGUUGGUUUGAUUCUGUUCGUCUGUGGGAAUAAUUUACCAGAACUCGACCCUUCAGGCUUCGCAGUCCGACGAGGAGAACCAGCGUCUCCCGGACAGAUUGUGAUGAACGUGGAUGAAAAGGCUGCAGGAAGUUGAAAUGUUUAAAAAAAAAAAACACGGUUGAAAAGGUCAUUCUUUCAAAUUAAAAGCACUUUUGUCUCCAGGUGUGUCGGAGGGUCGACAGAAAAGCAGUUUGUUGUUGAUCUUCAUCCGUUCUGAUCUCAUGGUGCUUCGUGGAGACGAACAUUUGGUUCGUUUCGUUCGUUUGAUUUCCACUAAUUCUGUUUUGUACGACUGCUUUACCUGUAAACCAUCGAUGGACCUGUACAGCCCAUCAGCUGCCACCAUAAGCUGUUGUAACCCAUUAAUGCUGAUUUUUUUCUUUUUGUUAAAUAUAAAGUGAGUGAACUUUUA